UGCAGUUUUUCUCAACUCUCAGUACAGUAGCGUAGCGUACCACCUACGACAAUUGUUUCGUCUUUGUACGUGCCGAGUCUUAGACCUUUUUUUUUUUUCGCUCGCCCCUCGUCCCUAGCUGCCGAACGAACUCAUCCGCCAACGCUAUGUGGAGUCCCACGCACGUACAGGUCACAGUUCAGAGGACCCGGGGUUUAAACUUCAAGAACAAAAACGCCAAAAAUGAUUUAUUUGUCACCAUCGGUUUGGGGAAAGAAAAGUAUCAAACAUCGCCAAAAGAAAAAGCAAUAGAUACCGAUUUAACAGAAUGGCAUGAAGUUUGUGAAUUACAAAUUCCUAAACAAGGAAAUACCGCUGAAUUAGUAUUAAGCGUACUACAUCGUAAUUUUUUGGGAUUAGACCAAUUUUUGGGUCAAACUACUAUACCUUUGGCAGAUAUUGAUGUUUACGAACGUCCAAAAAGCAAAUGGUAUCCUCUAAAAAGCAAAAAUGGCCAAGAAAACAAAGAACGUGGUGAAUUGCAGGUCAAAAUAGCAUUCACAGUUAAAUCUGGAAGUUUACGGGAUCUUAGCAAGAAAGAAAAACACAGAUUAUCUGUAGGGCAAUUAUCCCACACAGCUUCUAAUAUUAGUGGUAGUUUGAUGAGCAUUAGUAGCGUUGAUAAAAAAUCUUUUAAGAAACUUGCUAAAACAAUAACGGGCAAAAUUAAAAGAGAAAAAAAAAUUCAAGAAAUAUCAUCCUCCAGUAUUAAUUUAAGUGUAGAAAAUCCAAACAAAGUAAAUUCUUCACAAGCAGGAUAUGAUGCCGAUCCAGGUGUUAUCAGCGAUGAUGAUGAUUUUGCACUUGAAGAUUUAUCACACAAAGGGUCAGUUUGUUCUUUAGAGACAUCUGGUCAAUCCGAUCGCAGAGGAAUGAAUAGUUCACCCAUUAGCGGGUUAACAUUGCAUAUGCAUGGAUCAGUUGAAAGUGUUAGUAAUUCAGAUACCAUGAACAAAUCUCCAGUGAUGAGUCAUUCGCCAGUUUCUCAAACACAAGAUGAAUGGCAAAGAAAACUAUACAAAAAUAAGGAUAAUAACACAUUAAAACUUUCUGACACUCUCAAGUCAAAAUUGAAAGACAAUGUAGACCUUCCAAUCAAUCAUGAUAAAACUAGAGAUAAAAGUCCAACACCAUCACUCAAAAAUAGUCCUAAAGUUCAAAAGAAGCACCCUAUUUCUCCACUUGAUGACCGCUCUUUGAACAAUAAGGAAUCCAACCAUGAAAAUGAGACAUUACCAAAAAGCAAGUCGGCAUUGUCCUCGUGGAACAAAGCAUAUGAACGCAUCAUCAUUGGCAAGGAAAAAGAUUCCAGUCACCAUCAAAAUUCACACUCAAAACACUCACCAGAUGUGCUUCAAAAGUUUGAAGGCAAAUCCAGAGACGACUUGAUCGAAAUGGUGAUUCAGUUGCAAUCCAGUUUGCGCGAUGAGAACAAACAGAGAAUCGAACUAGAAGAAUACUUGGAUAAGCUACUGUUGCGCGUCAUGGAAACUUCACCUAAAAUCUUGCAAACGCCUUACAUUUGCUACAAGCACAGAGCAUAGUUUUAUUAUUUUAUCAAACAGUAGUGACCGGACCGAAAAUGUAUUAUUUUUUUUUUAUUAUUGUAUUAAAAAAUUGUUAUAAUGAGAUGAUUGUUAGGCUUGCUAAUCAGUUGGUGGUACGCCCGAUUAUAUUAUUUAAUAAUGACAAGCCUACAUAAUAUAUUUUUCAACUAUUACAAAUAGUAUUAUUGUUAACAUUU